UUAAGGUGUGUAGCAAAAAUAUUUGACGCUUCAGCAGCAUGGCAUCUAGGUGACUUACAAUAAAUAUAUUUUAAUUAAAGCUCGUACACAAAAACGUGCAGCCUUUGCGCUGAGCCAAGCAUUACUUCAUUUCUCUAACAAUACGUUUAUAAAUAGCUUCCAAAUUUUUACUCGCCGGGAAUUUUUACUAUUUUACAAAGAUUACCAGCCGCGACUUUCUGAUGAGCAAGCCUGCCCAGCGGAUACGUGUUCCGCCUAUCUAUGGCCAUAAUAAAGGCAGCACUGGCAAAAGCGACAGGUUUUCGCAAAACGCCGGCGUAAUUCACUUUUCAAAGCAGGCGCAACUUCUCAAAAAAUCAAGUAGCUUGUCAAAUAAUUCCAAAAAAGCGACUCCAGUAGUACUGUUUCCAGUCAUAUCUCACCAACAGACAAGCGAAACAAAUUCUAACGAGGAAGCAUCGUCAAUCAAAACUGAAGAGGUUAAACCUCUACCAGAAAUUAAGCCUAAGCCAGAGGCUAAAAGGGAUUCAAAUGGUGGACAAUCACUACACGAGCCUACGAUCCAAGAUGCCAUUCGACGUCUCAGCCAAUCAUCAAUUGAACCUUUGAAGUCAGGGUCAAACUCGCCUGUUCCGGAAGAGCAAGGGACAAAAGAUGAUCAGGAAAACUUUGAUGUCAUGAUUUCAUACAGUCAUCAGGACAUGGACUUAAUGAGAUACAUCAGAGAGAUUCUUAAAUCUAAGGGGAUGAAAGUAUGGGUUGACGAAGAGGGCUUAGGAGCAGGAGUUGAUUUUCUCAGCAAAAUUGGAAAAGCAAUCGUAUAUUCGACUUGCUUUUUACAGAUAUUGACGGAAGCUUCAGUCGUGUCCAAGUACUGCAAAGAUGAGCUGAGUCUCGCAUACAUCUCAAACAAACCUAUCAACGUUUUAUGCAGUUCAAAACCUGAUCAUUUAUUUUCACAGAUGGAUUUCGGCCAGAAGCUGACUCUGGCACCUUAUAAGUCCAAGUUUGUGGAGAUUACCGACUUGCGAUUGAGAAAAUCUCAAGUGGAGUAUAUGUGCGACCAAAUCAAGACAAAAAUAGCGAAUUUGUCUUCAGACAUGGCUAACGAUCAUAUCUCUCAAGAGAAAACCAAAAAUGACAUGAGCGCUGAAGCAUUUUGGAAUUUAUAUUUGCCGUCAGUAGAAAAAUGCAGCUGGUCGGAGUUUCUUCAACUGUUUCUAAUGCACUAUGGAACAGACUUUGAGUUCACAGUUCCAGCUAAAGACCAAUCUUGGCUUUUGUCUAUCUUCAAAGCCGAGCUCUGUGACGAAAAAAGUGAAGACCCGGACUUCGUGACACUUGAAGGCCUCAAAAUGUUCUGCAAACCUUCCACAUCUCAAAUAUCACACUUUGUAUGGGAAAGUAUUCAGAAAUACGCCCGCGAACAAUUGGCGAUUAAAGGAGUAUUCGCUAUUGAUUCAACGGUCAGGCUUGACGCAAUUGAAAACCUGAGCAAAUUCAAAAGUACAGCUGUUCAAGAAGCUUUGCUGGAUUUGCUUAAAGAUCCCGAUGCAAAUGUUCGCAGCAUCGCAGCUCUGUCACUAGCCAAAGUUAACUUGGGGUACAAAGGACAAGGAUUGUCUCCAACAGCGCGAGUCGCCAAACUGUUAAAAGACAAGGAUCGAUUAGUCAGGGAGUCAGCGUGUGUUGCCCUAGGACGAAUGAAAGCAGAGGAUCAAACCAAUAAACUAAUCACAGUCUGGCGCAAUGAUGUUAUUUCUGUAGUUCGUGAUGCAGCCUACUUAGCAUUGGAGUUAAUCGGUGGCGAUGAAGCAACGAGGGCUAUUUAUGUCACAAAAGUGUUAUCUGAUGAGAUCAAGGAAUUGACAAAAUAAUAUGAUUACUAUUGAAAACUCUAUUGUAAAAUAAAUUUUAUAUACAACUGGUGGUUUCCGUCCAGGUUGCACAGAAUGUACAUUAACUAGAUUACAUCUUGGAUUAUUUUUCACGAAUUGAAAUGAUAUUCAACUUUUUUACUGAACGCUUAAAGUUUCGCAACUGCACAAUGCAAAUGCAAACCUAAUCCAAAAAAUUUUAAAAUUUACUUUAAAGAACAGCGUACGCAAGUUGCG